CAGGCGAGGAGUGGGCGGCAAAAAGAGGCGGAGCGGCUGGCUGGUGUGCGCCUGCGUGGUGGCCGGCCGGAGCGUGAGUGGCACCUAUAAAAGAGGGCGACUAGCCACGAUGCGCAUCAGUUUUAACCCAACCACACAAACAUCAUGAAGCUUCUGGUACUCCUCGGGCUUGUGGCAGUAUGCUCCGCCCGUCCCCAAGUGAUUGUCUUGCUGAAAGGAGCUGAAGGAGGAGCGCAAACCCCUGUAAACCUAACCCCCGCUCAGAUUGCCAAUCUCCAAGAGUCCCUCGUGCCCCUCCUUAACCUGCAAUCCGGUGGCGCCGCUGCCGAGGCUCCAGCUGCUGAGGCUCCUCUCCAAACUCCCGUUGAAGCUGCUGCCGAAGCCCCUGCAGCUCCCGCCGCCCCCACAGCUCCCGCCGCCGACCCAGCUGGCAACACCGUGGACGCCCAAUUCGCUCCCUUCUUCUUCGAUGGCGAUUCCCCCGAGGUGAAAGCUGCCAAGAGGGCUCACUUUGCCGCUGUGGCCGCCGCCAAGGGUGUUCCCGUGUCAUUGGCUGGUGAAGCUGCACCAGCGGAAGCUGCAGCUGGUGAGGCUGCUGAGAUAGAAGCUGCUGAGGCUGAGGCCAGGGCUGCUGAGUUAGAGGCUGCCGAGGCUGAGGCUGCCGAAGCUGAGGCUGCUGAAGCCGAGGCUAGGGCCGCUGAAGAGGCUGCUGCUGCUGAAGAGGCUGCUCUUGCUGAAGCUGAAGCCGCUGAGGCUGCUGAACUGGAGGCAGCUGAAGCUGCUGAGGCUGCUGAACUGGAGGCAGCUGAAGCUGCUGAGGCUGAAGCCCUGGCCGCUGAGGAGGCCGCUGCUGCUGAAGCUGAAGCUGCUGAACUGGAGGCAGCUGAAGCUGCUGAGGCUGAAGCCCUGGCCGCUGAGGAGGCCGCUGCUGCUGAAGCUGAAGCCGCUGAACUUGAAGCUGCCGAAGCUGCUGAAGCUGAGGCUGCUGAGCUUGAGGCUGCCGAGGCUGCUGAGGUUGAAGCUGCCGAGGCUGCUGAGGCAGAAUUGGCUGCUGAGGCAGAAGCUGCCGAGGCUGCUGAAGUCGAAGCCGCCGAGGCUGAGGCUGCCGAGGCUGAGGCUGCCGAGGCUGAGGCUGCCGAGGCCGAGGUGGCAGCGUAAAGAGAAGUGCGGGUGUAGAUUAUGUAGAUAAGUUAAAUCCGUGUGCAAGUAUGAAUGUGUAUGUAUGUAUGCAUGUGCUGGUGAAUGUUUAAUAAAAUAUGUAUCAGAA